CAACCUUGCUGUUUCCCUCCAUCGUUCAACCGUGUCCUGUUUGAAGAUUCCCUCUUUUCUGUUAUAUAUUGUUUAUCUUCCUGCUCCAUAAAGAGAUUCCUUACUAGUCUAUCUUUCGUCGGCGAAUUUUUGACGUAAUUUGGUUGAUGAUGGACUGGUGGUGUUUAUAAAUCUCUGCUGAAGCUUCUUAGAUAAAGUUUCAGGUUCUUGCUUAUAUUUCUGGAUUUGGGAAGUUAUCGGUGGGGAGCUUCUGGGAUUAAGUAGUUCACGACUCACAAUUUUUGGCUGCGGCUCCUUAAAGAGCCAAGACUUGCUAUAUCCUUGUGCAGUUGUGCUUCAUAAUUACUAUGAUUUAGUUUGGUUUCUGAGAUUGGAGCGCUCCAGUAGAAGAAUUGGGUUUUAUUUUUGGAUGGUUAAAUGAAAAUCUAUUAUGGGUGAUCCCCGUUGCUUUGAUGAAAGAACUCAGACGCUGGUGCAGAGGAUACAGAAUCCAAUGGAGAAAACUGUUUUUUGUUGUAGCGUUCAUUACAACGGCUGGAGCUGUGCUUCAAACCUGUACUCUUCCUUAUCCGUUGACCAUGUGGUUUUUCUUUCCCCCAGUAACAGUUUCAUCAUACAAAGCCUCAGUUGCUAUGAUGCAGGUUAAUGAUACUUCUCCUCUGGCGAGGCCUGAAAAAUUCUCACUGGUUCCAUUUUCCCCUGCCGUUUCUCUUAAUUCUACCGUUGGUUUAAUUCAAAUACCACCAGUUGUAGAAGAUGACAAGAAAAUACCACCCAGAGGAAAUUAUGAAAGGAUAAGGACGAAUAUCAGGAAAGAGACAUCUGAUGAACCUAAGGUAGUACAUUCUCCACCUAGGACUGUGCCCUCUGAACGGCAGAGAUAUUUAUGGUCUUCGCCACCUGAUGAGGCACUUCUGUAUGCCAAGAAGGAGAUUGAACAUGCCCCAGUUGUUGCUGAUGAUCCUGACCUCUAUGCUCCUUUGUUUCGAAAUGUUUCCAUCUUUAAAAGGAGCUAUGAAUUGAUGGAAAGCAUACUCAAAGUUUACACCUACAAGGAUGGAGCAAGACCAAUUUUCCACCAGCCAUAUCUCAGAGGCAUUUAUGCUUCAGAAGGAUGGUUUAUGAAGUUAAUGGAGGAAAACAGGCAGUUUGUGACAAGGGACCCGUCAAAGGCCCACUUAUUCUAUUUGCCAUAUAGUGCUCGCCAGCUGGAGAUUGCACUUUAUGUUCCAAAUUCACAUAACAUGCGGACUUUGUCCAUUUUUCUCAGGGACUAUGUGAACAUGAUUGCUGCAAAGUAUCCUUUCUGGAACCGCACACGAGGAUCAGAUCAUUUUUUAGUUGCUUGCCAUGAUUGGGGUCCAUAUACUGUGAAUGAGCAUGAAGAACUAAGUAAAAACACCAUAAAAGCUCUCUGCAACGCUGAUCUUUCUGAAGGAGUCUUUGUUGCCGGAAAGGAUGUCUCCUUGCCAGAAACCACUAUAAGAAAUCCCAGGAGACCUCUGAGAGGCCUUGGUGGGAAAAGAGUUUCUCAACGCUCGAUCCUUGCCUUCUUUGCUGGAAAUAUGCAUGGUAGGGUCCGGCCCAUACUGCUCAAAUACUGGGGUGACAAGGAUGAAGACAUGAAGAUUUAUGGUCCUCUACCAAAUAGAGUUUCCAGGAAGAUGUCUUAUGUUCAACACAUGAAAUCAAGCAGAUUCUGUAUUUGUCCUAUGGGGUAUGAGGUAAACAGUCCCAGGAUUGUGGAGGCAAUCUAUUAUGAGUGUGUUCCGGUGAUCAUUGCAGAUAAUUUUGUCCCUCCAUUUAAUGAAGUGCUGGAUUGGAAUGCAUUCUCAGUGAUUGUUGCAGAGAAGGAUAUACCAAGUUUGAAGGAUAUCCUCUUGGCUAUCCCUAUGAGACGAUAUCUUUCUAUGCAAAAGAACGUCAAAAUGCUGCAGAAGCAUUUUCUUUGGAACCCGAGACCAAUCCGAUAUGACCUUUUCCACAUGAUUUUGCAUUCACUUUGGUUCAAUAGGCUGAACCAGAUUCAGAUUCCAUGAUGAUUGUAAAAUGUUGAGAAUUUCUUUGGGUGAAUUUUGGAUGCAUCACAGAUUGGCUUUCCCCAACGAUGAGAACUGUUGGAUUAUCCCUCAGAAGAGAGAUGCUGUUGGAAGAAGAAACGGCUGGAGUUAAAAGGACAAAAAAAAAAUCAGAAAGUUUAUCUCAUUAUUAUUUGAAGAAAACGACGAUUAAAGUUUACCUCAUUGUUAUUUGAAGAAAAUAACAAUUUUUGGAGUUGGUCUGGAAUGUACAGUUCAGGAAAUGGGAGGUUGGAACAGGGAUGGGUAACUGAAAGGACGAAACAGUGGAGGACCAGAAUGAGGGUUUUUUAUUGUAGAUAUGGAUCAAUUCAUGGCCUUUAAUGCUGCUCUAGCACAGUUAUGUUGGAUCUUGAUCAUUGUACCUCUGAUAGCAUGGGACCUCUGGGCUUUCAAUUACAUGAUUUACCACCGGCGAAUGAGCUCCUCCUGGGAUGUCUUAACGAAAAGAUCACAUGCAUUUAUUCAUGCAUCAUAAAUCAAUAAUGUUACUACUUACUAGUCGUACAAAUAAUUUCCAUCAUUGGAUCAGUUUUGUUGUUGUUCGUUUCUACUUUUGUGUUUAUGAUUAUCUUUGAAGUAGGGCCAUUCAUUUAUUUGAUUGUCUAGAGGUGGAUGUAACAUUUGUGUAAUAUGUACUUUCCUUCAUUUUUUUGAUUGUCUGGAGGUGGAUGUAAGAUUUGACUGGAAUUCUGUUACUGCAGUAACUGCUAGACAGUCUGCAGUUAGUGUAGGGAGUAGGGACAGCUUUGAGGACAGUCUGGUAAUGGUACCAGGUAGCUCAUGAAAGUAAAAUCCCUUUUAACUGUAACAUAGAAUGAAACAGAUAAAAUGCAUAUCUUAUUUAUUUCAUUAUUUUACCA